UCUCCCUUUCUCUCUCUCUCGCUUUCUCUACGGUAGCUGUCGUGUAAUGGUAGUGAAAUAGUCAUCAUUGCUUGAAGCGCAUAGUAAAGAAAGCAUGGCUGCCAGUCGGGUACUCGUAUACGGAGGAAGAGGUGCACUGGGUAGCAAAAUUGUUCAGCACUUCAAAUCUAAAGGAUGGUGGGUAGCCAGCAUCGAUAUCGUUGCCAGUGAGGAGGCAAACGCGAACGUGCUGGUGAAGUUGUCGGAGUCAUUUACUGAGCAAGCAGGACAGGUGACAGCAGAUGUGGCCCAGUUGCUAGGGGACCAGAAAGUGGAUGCCAUCUUGUGUGUGGCAGGCGGAUGGGCUGGAGGAAAUUGCAGCUCCAAAGACCUGUACAAAAACACAGACAUGAUGUGGAAGCAGAGUGUGUGGACCUCUACCAUAUCUAGCCAUCUGGCUGCUGUGCACCUGAAGCAGGGUGGACUACUGACUCUGGCUGGGGCUAAAGCAUCACUGGGUGGUACUAGUGGCAUGGUGGGCUAUGGCAUGGCCAAGUCAGCAGUCCACCAGCUCUGUCAGAGUUUAGCAGGAGAAGACAGUGGGAUGCCCCCUGGAGCUGUGGCAGUUGCCAUACUACCGGUAACCUUGGAUACUCCAAUGAACAGGAAGUUCAUGCCCGAUGCAGACUUUGGUUCCUGGACACCACUGGAGUACAUUGCAGAAACUUUCUUCAGUUGGGCCACCGGUGCGGAUCGUCCAGCAUCGGGAAGUCUGAUGCAGCUCACCACCACCGGAGGCAAGACACAGGCCCUACCCACACAAUAAGGCACAUUUCCUACCCACACAAUAAGACACAGGCCCUACCCACACAAUAAGACACAGGCCCUAGCCACACAAUAAGGCACAUUUCCUAGCCACACAAUAAGACACAGGCCCUACCCACACAAUAAGACACAGGCCCUACCCACACAAUAAGACACAGGCCCUACCCACACAAUAAGACACAGGCCCUACCCACACAAUAAGACACAGGCCCUACCCACACAAUAAGACAUAGAACCUACCCACACUAUAAGACAUAGAACCUACCCACACUAUAAGACAUAGGCCCUACACCCCUAAUCAGACACAGGCCCCACCCACAAAAUAAGACACAGGACCUAACAACACAAUAAGACACAGGCCCUACCCACAAAAUAGGAGACUGACCAGACUGACCAGGUGAAUAUAGGUAAAAGCUAUGAUCCUUUAUUGAUGCCACUUGUUAAAUCCACUUCAAUCAGUGUAGAUGAUGGGGAGGAGGCCGGUUAAAGAAGGAUG